AUGGCGACGACGGCUAAGAAUAUGACGGGUUUCUACAAGCAGACGAAAAGCAAUAUCACCGGAGGUAUCUCCAAGUCCAAGUCCAAGUCCAAGUCCAAGCCUUCUUCCCGGAAACACGCGGCCACUCAGGGUUCUGAUGCUACGCAGCCGGCGGCGUUGGUUUCGCACGGCUCCCUCGAUGUCAAUGACGCUUAUGACAAGAACGAGGAGAUGCUCAGACAAUUUGACAUGAACAUGGCUUACGGUCCCUGCUUGGGUAUGACAAGACUUGAUCGAUGGGAACGUGCACUGCGUCUAGGGAUGAAUCCUCCCAGCGAGAUCGAGAAGCUUUUGAAAACUGAGAAAGUUCAGCAAGAGUGUCUGUGGCAAGGUCGUGUCUAA